AUGUCUUCCACGACGCCUCGAGUGCCUGAAAACGCCUCUCUGGGCAAUAUAGCUACUGGGAAUUCAGCGUUUGGGUCGCCUACGGGCCAGCUGAUCCACUCCCACCCAUCGAAUCCAAAUUUGACGUCGGAAUCUGGCGAGGGAACGUCUUCUUCUAUGGCUAAACUGGACUCUCACUCCAAGUCCUAUGAUGGCCAGAUCAAUAACCUUUUGCAUGGCCUGAAUAUCGACUAUAAUAAAGUCAAUAAGCAUCUUGUCAACCAUGAGGAUACGCUAAAAAUGCAGGGUGGCGAUGUGGCUCGGUAUAUGUACCAGCAGAUUGAAAAUGCCAGUAAAGGUGAAAAUGUGGGUGACAAGAGACGAACCAGAAGCUCUUCGUUUUCGAAUUUCGAUGCUGAGUCUCGGAGGGAGAGCAUGGCGAGCGAUAUCAACGUUCCUGGCGGGUUUAGACGUGAGUUUCUUAUCAAUCGGUCGUUGCAGAGGAACCUGAAACCGCCUAACUUCUUGACCAGCAACUUUGUGGAGUUUUUAAGCAUAUAUGGGCACUUUGCCGGUGAAGACUUUAGUGAUGAGGACGAUGAGGAUGAAACUGAUGACGAUGCAAGCUCGGCAACUUACAGUGAAGUGUUUGACGAGGAAUCGUCGCUUUUGGCAGAACGUAGAAUUCCUCCUCCAAGACACCGCAAGAAGAAAGCCAAGGCAGCUAAGGAAGGAACGGCUUCGCUGGCCAAAACCUUCUUUUUGGUGUUCAAAGCGUUGGUUGGUUCAGGUAUUCUCUUCCUUCCAGGCGCUUUCAGCAAUGGAGGUUUGCUUUUCUCGACCGUGGCCUUGUCUGGAUUCGGUUUCCUUACGUUCUUGUGUUAUAUCGUGUUGAUCCAGAGCAAACAGACGUUCAGCAGGUCGUCGUUUGGUGAGUUGGGGUACAUUACGUACGGAAAACCACUCAAAUACUCCAUUAUGGUGUCUAUUAUCAUUACGCAGAUUGGCUUCGUGGCUACGUAUAUUUUGUUUACCGCCGAGAACAUGACGUCGUUCUUGAGCAACGUUGUCCAUGUGGAAGUGAAGAAAUCGACCGUGGUGGUGGCCCAAUGUAUCCUUUUGAUCCCGUUGGUGCUUAUUCGUGAUUUGACCAAACUCUCCUUCACGUCGCUUAUUUCGUCUACGUUUAUUGUCAUGGGCUUGAUUAUUAUUUUCUACUUUUCAGGAACGAAGCUUGCUGAUGAAGGGCUUGGUCCUAACAUUGUCAACUUUGACUCCAAGAACUGGUCGAUGAUGGUGGGUGUGGCAGUGACGUCUUUUGAAGGUAUAGGUCUUAUUUUGCCUAUCCAGUCGUCAAUGGCACGUCCAGAGAAGUUCCCUUAUGUGUUGGCCAUCAGUAUGGUUGUCAUUACGACGCUUUUCGUGUCGGUGGGCAUUAUUGGAUACACUGCGUUUGGCGACCAGGUUAGGUCUAUCAUAAUCCUUAACUUACCGCAAGGAAACGUGUUUGUGCAGCUGAUUUUGGUGCUCUACUCCAUUGCGGUCUUCCUUUCCGGCCCCUUGCAGCUUUUCCCAGCCAUCAAGAUCGGCGAAUCGGUCAUUUUCAACUCUCGUCUCUUUUUGCUGGAAGAGCAAAGAAAGUCCAACAGCGACGUCGGUAGAUUGUACCACACUUCAGGCAAAUACAAUCCACAUAUCAAGUGGCUCAAAAACGUCUUCAGAGCGUUUGCAGUGGUGCUCAUUUCAGUCAUUUCGUACCUCAACGCCGAAAACAUCGAAAAGUUCGUCAGUUUCAACGGCUGCUUUGCGUGUAUCCCGCUUGUCUACAUCUACCCGCCCAUGAUCCAUCUCAAGACGUUUAAAGAUAAACCGCUGACGUUUAGAAACACGUUGGUCCAGACGUUUGACUGGCUGUUGAUUGUCGUUGGUAUAGUUGUUGUGAUUUACACCACCCGUCAGAUCUUGUUCCAGAUUUAG